AUGCAUCCAUCUGAGGGACCUAACUCCUUGAAAGUUGACCCUCAGUUAACUGGAACUACAGACUAUAGACCCUGGAAGAGGUCUAUGGAGAUUUCUCUUGCUAUAAAGAGAAAACAUGGGUUCGUUACUGGAGCCUUGACUAAGUCAAGUGAAGAUUAUGUGAAAAUGGAAGCUUGGGAAGCCUGCAAUAGCAUGGUAAUUGCUUGGCUUCUCAACAACAUGAAUGAGACCCUGAGAAGGUUCACAGUGAGCAAUGGUAGCAGAAAAUACAGAAUGAACAAAAAAACCUAUGAAGUUAAGAUGAAUGAGAGGCUAGUCUCUGAGUACUACACAUAUUUGAGAGUUUUGUGGGAAGAACUUGAGUCCUUGACUAAUUAUCCAGCUAUAACUAAUGUUAAUGCUGAAAUAACAGCCUUUAUUGAAGCUGUUAAUCAACAAAAAGAAGAAAAAAAAUUGUUUCAGUUUUUGAAUGGUUUGGACUUGGGAUAUGGUAGCUUGAGAAGUCAUAUGCUUCUUGUGAGUCCUUUACCAUCUGUAGACAUUGCUGUGUCAAUGGUUCAACAGGAGGAUCACAUAAUGAUGUUUCCAACUGGUAACAACAACAAGGCAAAGCAAGGGUCUAAGAACUUUGAGAGCAAUCAAGAAUGCAGAAUAGGUAGUAACAGAGGAAGACAACAAGGAAACACUGGAGGUCAGAACUUCAGGAAGAAAAAUACCUCUAAUGCUCAACUGAGUGUGGGCAAUACUGAACUUGCUACUGCUAUAGCUCACCAGCUGCAAGAAAGAUGUAUUGAUAAAUUGCAGAAUGUGAAACACUUGUUUCACAAACCCAAAAUAAAUCUUCCAAAUGGUGGUACAGCCUAUGUUACUCACAUGGGAAAUGUAUUACUAAGACAUGGAAUUCAACUUAGGGAUAACUGCACAACACAGAGCAUUAAAGGCACUGGUACUGCCACAGGUGAUCUCUACUACCUCCACAACCAACCCUUCAUCAACCAAGACACAAGAAAGUCCUUCUGCUCAAACCGAACACCAGAAAACAAGCUUCAAAUACAACAUGUUAGGCCCAAGGCAAAUAGUAGCCAUGUUUUUGAAUCAAAUGUUGUUACUAGUGAUAACAACUGUAAUGAUGUUUAUGACUCUCAUGUCAAUGAUUUAAACUUUGGAAAUUUAUGCAAUGAAUUUUCUUCUAUGAAUGCAAAAAUGUCAGCAAACCCCAUUGGUGAACUCCGUUCAGUCAACACACAGGCAAAUGUUGAGAAUCAUAUUCAAAUGCCUAAUGAAAGUUACGGGACUUACCAAAUGGACGCAACUUGCCCAGUGGAACCUUUUGUGUAG